AUCUACUAUUUGUUGCUCUUAAAAUAGGAAGAGGUGCCUUGGUGGUCAUAACGAUACCACAUACUUCGUAUAUGCUUAUAUAAACUCUGGCAUGUAUGCUUGUUUUAUUUUCCCAUUAUAUUCAAAGCUGUUUUAUUCGCUUUAUUUUUUUCUUAGCAAUCUGUGGACGCUCACUAGACUUAACGGAGAAUGGAGUAUGGCGGCGGCGAAAAGAAAGAUAUAGCGGUGGCUAACAAGCAAAGCAUAAGGUGGGUAGACUUUUGUGUGAGGGUUUUGGCCUUUGCAAACACCUUUGCGGCGGCGUUAGUUCUGGGAGUAGACAAGCAGACUAAGCUUAUAGACAUACAGAUCGUCUCGACACUGCCGCCAGUGAGUGUUCCGGUCACCGCCAAUUGGAAAUACAUGUCUGCCUUCGUGUACUUUGUGGUGGUGAAUAGCAUUGCAUGCGCAUACGCAGCUGUUUCUCUGGUCCUAAUGCUGGUGGCCAGGGGAGCAAAGAGCAGCCGCAUGACUUCAUUGUUCCUCAUCAUAUCAGACCUACUAAUGAUGGGGCUUCUAUUUUCCGGCGUCGGAGCCACCGCCGCAGUUGGCCUUUUGGGUUUCACCGGCAACUCUCAUCUGCGGUGGAACAAGGUGUGCAAUGUAUUCGGCAAAUUUUGCGCUCAAGUUGGCGGUGCUAUAUUUGUUUCCUUUGCCGGAGCCACCUUCUUUCUGUUGCUUGUUCUACUUGCUGCCUUAAAACUUCACAGUAAUAAUAAGCAUCAUUAGAUAUAUAUGUAUGUACUCAGCAUACAAUUAAAUGAAUUAAAUAAGUUGUGAUCAUUAAAAAAAAGGUUGUAAAUUGUGAUCACAUUUAAUGUCGUGUUGUUUGGUACCACAUCCGUUCCAUUGAAAUUGAUGAGACAUGAUGAUUUCACAUGGCGUCAUUUUUAAGAAAUAUAUUAGCCAUGAAAUGAGCAAUCACUAAAACU